AGGAGAAGGAGUAGCCAGUGCAAAGCUCCUGAGGUGGAGAGACUUGGAGCUGUUCAAAGCACAGCAAGAGGACUAGAUGGGGCUGGAGCACAGGAUGAACAGGAAAGUGAUAGAGACGAGGCUGGAGAAGCGGAGUCCAGAUCACAGAGGACCCAGAGUUCCAGGAGGCAGGAGUCCCAACAGGGAGCUUUCUGGGAGUGGAGAGGAGCCUGAGGGGGAGGCCGUGCGCGUAUGGGAGCUGCUGCUGGAAACAAGGACAGAGCAGAAGCUUGAAGGUCACUGUCACACCCCUGCGGAAAGACACCUGCCGGGAGGGCCACCAGACUUCAGUGUCAGGUCAUCUCCUCCACACCAGUGCCGUGACACCCUCAGCCCUGGGCUGGCUCAUGGUACGGAUGACAAAGGUGGCCUCGGCGCAGCUCACAGCCCAACCGGCGAGAACCAGCCCGCAGCCCACCCGGCAGUCUGCAGCCACGGAGUCCGAGGCUCCAUUGUGGGGUGGGCGCUCUACCAGCGGCGCGCUGACACGCCCUCUCCGCGCGGCGACCCGCGGCCAGGGCAGGAGGGGGUGCUCCGUGCGUGCUCCCAGGAGCAGGCGGCUCCCGCGGGGGUGGAAUCCUCGCCGCACCGCCCGCGGGUUCGCCUCGGCUGCGUGCGCUCCAUGCGCCUCCCGGGCACGCGCUCCUAG